AUGCAAAUUCUUUUCCAGAUUCAAUUUACUUAUACGCCACGACACACCUAUGGAUUGGCUCGAGUUGGUGUUGUUGGUGAACUAAUUGCCUUUAUUAGUUUUUGUUCAUUAUCCGUAUCGGUAUUUAUGGAAAGUAUAAAACAUGUAAUUGAUAUUAUAUUUGUUUUACCAAGACGUGAAUAUAAUUCGACGAUAUUUACUGCUCAUGGACAUGGUAAAUAUGUUGUUCUGAAACGUCAUGCAAGAAUUAAUACACAAGUACGAAUGAGAAGAAACAGUUUAAAAAGCUUACCCGAAAAACUGUCAAAAGCAUUGUUAAUUACCGAUACACUACCUGUUGGUCAUUCGCUACUUCAAGUACUCAACAUGUUAUUGGGACCAUUUGUUAUUCUGAUUAGUGGCCUGUUAUUGAUUAUCUUUUUUGAAAAACCCAAUUAUGAUGAAAAACGACGUAUCUACAGUCGACUGAUAUCUGGUAUUUCGAGCAUUCAUGAAUUGCACAUAUGGCGUUUAACACCUCAAAAAACAUUGGCAACAAUUCAUAUUGUUUUUGAUACGACAGAAGGAAUACAAACAAAAUACAAAGAAAUUAGUUUACUCUUUCAAGCACUCAGCAUCGAUCAUGUGACAAUUCAACCAGAAUUCUCUCUUACACCAAAUGACAGCGAAAAAGUUGACUGUCUUUAUCAAUGUUCGAAUCAAGAUCUAUGUGGAUCACUACAAUGUUGUAAAUACUUAACAAAUGAAAAAGAAAAAGUUCAGGGCGAAGACGCACAACUCCUCCACUCUCGUCCUCAUGAUACUUUCUUAGAGAAAACAGAUGAUGUGAAUGAUGAUGGAAAAUUAAACAGAAAACAAUUAGUACCUGAGCAUGAAUCACAAACAUUUGCCAGUAACAACAUCGUCAGAACAUGA